AUCCCACGCGAGAGGGAGAGCGCGAGAGCCACGCAGCCCACUCCUCCCACCAGUCUGGGAGCCGCGCGCAGGAUGCGGACGCCCGUGGAAUGUAAACGAACCCGGAUUGCAGUGGAAGAGCGCUGCGUGGAGGAGGAAGGGGAGAAGCCCCGAAGAGAGUGAAACUCUUUGGACAGCUCCUUCUGCACGGCCCCCUCAUAGCAGUCCACGAUGCCGCUCGGGAAAGGCUGGAAGAAAAAGGUGGAGGACAUUUCCAGUGUCUACGAUAUCAAAGAGAAGCUUGGCGCAGGGGCAUUUUCAGAGGUCGUCCUGGCCCAGGAGCAUGGAUCCCAACGACUUGUAGCCCUCAAAUGUAUUCCCAAGAAAGCCCUGAGAGGCAAAGAAGCAGCUGUGGAAAAUGAAAUUGCUGUUCUUAAAAAGAUUCAGCAUGAGAACAUUGUGGCUCUGGAGGACAUUUAUGAGAGUCCUACUCACCUGUACCUGACCAUGCAACUGGUGACAGGAGGAGAGCUCUUCGACCGUAUCAUUGAGCGGGGCUACUAUACAGAAAAGGAUGCUAGCCAGCUCAUCCGGCAAGUAUUGGAGGCUGUGAACUACCUACAUGAGCUGGGCAUUGUUCAUCGGGAUCUCAAGCCUGAAAAUCUCCUCUAUGCCACUCCAUUUGAGGAUGCCAAGAUUAUGAUUACAGAUUUUGGGCUGUCUAAGAUUGAGGCUGAUGGGAUCAUGUCUACUGCUUGUGGUACACCUGGCUAUGUAGCCCCUGAGAUCCUGGAGCAGAAGCCAUAUGGAAAAGCUGUGGACUCCUGGGCGCUUGGCGUCAUCUCCUACAUUCUGCUUUGCGGAUACCCUCCUUUCUACGAUGAGAAUGACUCUGAACUUUUCAACCAGAUCCUGAAAGCUGAAUAUGAGUUUGAUUCUCCCUACUGGGACGAUAUCUCCGAGUCAGCCAAGGAUUUUAUCCGACACCUUCUAGAACGUGAUGCAGAGAAACGAUUCAGCUGUGAACAGGCUCUACAACACCCAUGGAUUUCUGGGGACACAGCACUGGAGAAAGACAUUCAUGGCUCUGUUUGUGAGCAGAUCCAGAAGAACUUUGCUCGCAGUCAAUGGAAGAGAGCAAUCAAUGCCACCUCUUUUUUGCGCCAUAUCACCAAGAUGGGACCUGGUGCAGAGGGUGAGGAAAUUGGAGAAGCCACGUCCGGAGGACAGCAUGGGAAAUGGUGACCAGAGAGGUGCCUGAAGAGCCUGGGCCGCUGCCCUUUGCAUGAGCUACCCUCCUGCAUGCGGCUUCACAGCCACGACGCUGCGCCAGCACCCUCGCCCAAGGGGUGGGGGCUGUCCUUCCAUUUCCUGCUCCCUCGUCUGGGGAUAUCUCUGCCCUGAGGGGCCCAGGAAUUUAAAAACAACAGCCAAGCUCAACCACCGUUCCAGUCUGCCAUUAGGAGGGCUCAGAGUCACCCUGCCUGGGCCCGAAGUCCAAUCCCUGUGAGGCUGUGGACUCAUCACAAUCCUGCUGCGUUAACUCACCUCACAUCCAUCUAUGUCUGUUGCAGAGGCUUGUAAUGUGCUGCAAAACUGGGAGAUGUGGUGGUGGUAGGGUUGGAGAGGUGAAAACAUCCUCUUCCCUUUCCAAUUUCAAUGGGUAAUUCCUAAACUGAUUUGAGGCUACAUUUUCUCUCCCAAGAGAGUCACAAAAUGGAAACUAGGAUCUGGAGCUGAAAGAUUGCAGAAUAUAAAGACAUGGGGAAGAUGGAACCGGGAAGAGUUAGAGGGCAGCCAUCAGCUUGAAUAGGCUUGAUACAUCUCAAAUUCUGAAAUGGUUAGUAACAUCCAACCGAGUAAGAGGAUCCAAUUGGGUGGCCAGCUUGGAGACUUCAGGAUUUGCAUUUUGGGAAGACCGCACCAGACUUCCCAGAGGUUGAGACAGAUGCAACAUUUGAAGAGUGGGGAUGUGAUCUGAUAGCCUUGCUCCUGCUCUCCAAAUAAAUGUACAUUUCUGUGCCUGGAAGCAGAGCAGGUUUGCGGUUCUUUACUACGAACCAGGGAAACACCUGCUGUGGGAAGCACUUACCGGCCAGUACUUAAAAAUACCUCACUUUCCUUUCUCCAUACACUGUAGCCAUUUGGUUGCAGCCAUUGUUAAAAUGUAUGUGACAUUCUUAUGUUUCUGAGGUGUUUUGUUGUAUUGUAUACUCCAUGCAGUCAUGCCGGCCACAUGACCUUGGAGGUGUCUAUGGACAACGCCGGCUCUUCGGCUUAGAAAUGGAGAUGAGCACCAACCCCCAGAGUCAGACAUGACUGGACUUAACGUCAGGGGAAACCUUUACCUUUUUUAUACUCCAUAGAGUCCAAAACAAAAGAAGGUAGCUAAAUAUAAAAGCAUAUGUAUUCCUUUCAAAAAUAGCAGAUUAAAAAGAGUCAGACUGACUUUAGGUCCUUGGCAUCAGGCAAGACUGUGGAUCAAACCAUCUCCUUGGCCCUUUCCAACCAACAUUUGAAUUUUUGGUAUGCACUUAACUCAGUGAUGGCCAACCUAUGACACGCGUGUCAGCACUGACACGCCUAGCCAUUUUUGCUGACACACUGCCACAUGCAGAUUGAUUGGAUUACUAUGUCUUUUGUGACCAAAUUUGGUGUGAUUUGGUCCAGUGGUUUUGUUGUUUACACUAUGGGAAUUAUGAAAAUUACAUUUUUUAUAUAUAGAUAUAGAUAGAUAUAGAUUAUUAUUAUUAUAUCAUUCUAUUAUUCUAUUAUUAUUGUAGUAUAUUAUAUUCUUACUAUAUUAUUAUUAUAUUAUUCAUUAUUCAUGACUACAUUGAAACUAGAAUAGAGAGAAAUCAGCGUGGAAACUGCAAGAGGUACCAUAGAUUGUUGUACAUGGAAAUAAUGGUAGUAAAUAGUUUCUGAUUUAUUAAAUACAGUUAUAUAUUACAAUUAUACAUUUUUUGUUAUUUAAACUAUACAUAUUGUGAAAUUAUGUUUUUUUUCUCGAAGUGACACACCACUCAAGUCAUGCUAGGUUUUUUUUGGUGAAUUUUGACACACCAAGCGCAAAAGGUUGCCCAUCAUUGACUUAACUUAUGCUGUGAAGCAGAGGCCAUUCUUAUGUGUGUCAACAAGAACUUCUAGUAGAAUACUACAUCUGUCUUCACCUUUGGUUGGUUUGGUGUUUCAGUGAAAUUGAGUUGGACCAAGCAUAGAUGGAAUUUGAGGGAAGGAGAAAGCUAACUGUAUCAUGUCAUGAGAAAAUAUGGGCUUCAGGAUAAGUCAGGGCUACAUAAAUGUUGGAGUUUUCACUGAUUGUACUCCACUCCUUGUAGUAGAGCAGAACUUGCUUUACUUUGCGACCUAGUCUGAAAAAGAUUUGCUUCCUUGAAUGGAGCCCAGAAGUAACCUAGAAAAGUGUGGACCAACCCUUAUGUCCCCAGAAAGGAUCAUGGCCAGGAAGUGUGGAGAGGUCAGCCAACCUCUCUCCUUCCACUCGGUACCCUUUGCCACUUGUCCUUUCCCUCCUAUCAGACUGAACAUUUGCUUUGCUGUACUGCUCAGAGCUGGAAAUUUCGUGUGUGGUUCUUGUGGGGACUGAGGGAGAGAAGGGUUGUUUCCUUCGUGAUUCCCCUCCUCUCCCCAAUGUGUGUCAAUAAACAAGUGAAAACUGUAACAAGA